AUGCCGUCCAAGUCGAAAACCAAGAACAAGUCAAUAUGGCGCUCCGACAAUGCACAGCAUUUCCAGCUUGUCCACCGUUCGCAACGCGAUCCUCUCAUCAACGACCCGGAUGCGGGUGCGCACGUUCUGCUUUCCUACGAUCCUGCUAACCAGGCGCGCGCCAAGGGCAAGACGCGCGCCGAGCUCGAGGCCGAUGCCACCGUCAUUCGGGACAAGUAUGGCAGGCCCAUCCGAAGCAACAUCGGCGAAGCCGCCAACUACGGCGUCUACUUUGACGAUACCGAGUACGACUACAUGCAACAUCUGCGACCCAUCAACGAUGACGAGAACGUCAAGCGCGGCGGAGAGAAUGUGGAUGAGACGGUGGAUACGAUCUUGGUGUCCGCGAGCGCAGGGGCGAAAGGCAAGGGAAAGGGCAAGGAGAGCUUUGCACUGAAGGAAGGGGAGGAGGAGAAAGGGUUGAGUUUGCCAGCAUCCGUACUGCCGUCGAAGCAGGAGAUGCCGUUCAGCUUCACUUCGCAUUUGGCUGUCGAGCCGUCGUUGCAGGGGUUCCAGCCGGAUAUGGAUCCGCAUUUGAGGCAGGCGUUGGAGGCGCUCGAUGACGAGGCGUUCGUGGAUGAUGAUUUGGAUGACGAUUUCUUCGGCGAGGUCGUACAGGAUGGCGAAUGGGAUGGUGUGGUGAGGGACGACGAUGAGUGGAGGGAGCAGGCACCGGAGGGUGACGAAGGCAUCUGGGCGGACCCUGCAGCAAGAGCGCAGAAGGAGCUCGACCAGAACGGAGAGGAGAACAUGUCCCUCGAAGCACGCGUAGCGCUGUUCAAAAAGCAGCAGGAGCUGGCACGCAGCCAAAAGCCGUCCUCGGACGACGAGGCGGAAGACGACGAGGACCGGGAUCAGGUCGCAUCGCUUCGCGCCGGAUCCAGGGCGGGCACCAUGUACACCGCUGGUGGCUCCGCGAUCGGCAAGAAGGGUCGUCCGGGUGCACUGGCGCGACGAGCAGCGAGCACAAAGGCGCCCUCCAUCGGCGGAGGCAGCACCGCCUGGUCCAUGAGCUCCUCCGCCAUGUUCCGUAACAAAGGCCUCACCGAUCUCGACGACCGGUUCGCCCAGCUCGGGCGCAAGUACGGCAUCCGCGAAGACUUCGACCCCUCGCUCGAGUCUCUGGAGGACGAGGAGUUUGUCGACUCGGACGGCGACGAGGCGGGCGAGGAGGUGACGCGCGAAGACUUCGAAGGCAUCAUGGACGAUUUCUUGGCAAAAUACGAGACCAAGCACGGCAAGCUCCGCGAAGCCCUCGGCGGAGUCGACUCGACGUCGGUGGAAAAGCUGACGAUCCUGCGUCAGGCGCUCGGCAAGGCGCGCAUCAACGGCCGCGAGUGGGCGGGCAAGGACGCCGACGAGGGCAAAGGCGAAGGCGAUCUAGGCGAGUACGAGGACUACGAGUCGCCCGACGAAGAGAUCGUCGAUCCCAUCCCGCGCAGUCACAUGCGCGAAAAGUGGGACGUCGAAACGAUCCAGUCGACCAAGACCAAUUUGGAGAACCAUCCAAGGACGAUUUCGGCCAAGGAGAGCGUGUUUGGUGGGAGCAACGCUUCCGCCUUCCGCCCUGGUAGUGUUGCCAAUGGCAGCGCGGUGAAUCGCAAUAUGCUCGGCAACGGCAUGGCGCCCAGUAUGACGAGCUACACCAGCCAACGACCUUCGGCAUCCGCGUUUCUGAACGACGAAGAGCGUCUGCCCAAGAUUCGGAUCAACCCGCGAACGGGCUUCCCCGAGAUUGUGGGGUAUUCCAAACCACGCGGUGUUAACGGCAAGACGAAGCCCGAUGCUGCCACCAACGGUCACCUUGAUGAAGAAGAUGACGGACGUGGCCCGCCAUCCGGCAGCGAUCCCGGGUCCGACACGGAAGAAGGCGAAGGCUCGGAAUACGACUCCGACACAACAGAGGGUGGAGAGCUGGCACGGCGACUCUCCACCAUCGCAGUGACCGCAAAGCGCGAUCGGAACGAGAGCAAGGAGGACAGGAAAGCGCGAAAAGAGGCGCUCAAGGCCAACAAGAAGGAGCGAAAGGAUCGCAAGAUGAAGACUAAGCAGGCGUUUGCCAGCGAGAAGAAGAAGCAGGCCAAGGCGGAGAAGGGGAGGAAGGAGACCGAGGGUGGGCCUGCGGGGAUGCGUUUGCUAUGA